AUGGAUUCCAGCUCUGAUCGGCCGUCGGCCCUGGCCAGUAUAGAGCAUCUCUCUUCGUCUCUUCCUAAUUCUCAGCCAUGGGCAAACCAGUCUGUCUCUACCUUGGGGACUCGCGGCCGGGUAUUCAAUCCCGCCUUGGACGAUCCUACGCUUGCUCGACGGACUACUGCUCUGCGGCAGCUUCACGGGAUUGCCAGGCCUCCUCAGCGAAAACAUCGGCAGUCUGCUUCUAUUGCUAGCAGGACUUCCCUGUCUUCACAGCCGGUUAUCGUUCGCACCUAUUCCGGCGGGCCCGGGGAGAACUCUACAAUGUCAAGGCGGCAAAGCUCAGAUACAAAGCGACAGGCGAGAAACGGUCCUCCUGCGCAGCUGCCGUCAGUCGAGGAGUUUGGUAUCGACGGUAUAUUACAGUCCAUUGAACCUAACAUACAAGUCACUCUGGAUGCUAUAGCCGAGAUAUGUGGUCGAAGCAAGCUGAGCCUUGCAAACGAAUAUGGAAGCCAUAGACCGCCGCUGGGGGAGAUCAGAGCACCCGCACGUACGGGUGAUCAUGGCCUUCUAACAGUCGAAGAAGCAAGCUCUAGCACAGAGAGACUGGCAGACGACAAUGUCUUGGUAGUCGGUGAUGAUAUCAGCACUGUGGAUGGCCAUGGUCGGUAUUCGUCCACUUACGACUACCUCAAUCCAAUACCUCGACCUACAGGUCUCUUUGAUUUUCGAAAUUCUCUUCCUCAGGCAUGGGCAGAGACAAACGCCACACAGCAGCAGACCGAGGCUCACAGGGCUCCCGUACGAAGAGAAUUGGUCCCGGCACACCAAGAGACCGUUUCCCAAGUCCACAACCGCCAACCGCUAGAGAAAGGAAGACUGCCGUAUCUACCUUGGGCUCUCGACAAUCGUCUUGAAAGCGGCGAUCCUCAUGCUACAGGACAGUCGAUGAUGACACGUCCCGUUAUAUCUGCAGUCCAUCUAGACGCCCAAGCUGAUAGAUCUUAUCACCUAACCGAACCAGAUAGACCAUGGCCCUCGACUGACCCGAUGGCUGGUAUUCCAGACUAUGAUGAUGUUCUAAAUACCAAUGGUCACACUCAAAAGUCUCACUCCCGAAAAUCCUCUGUUCUAAAUGAAUUGCAAGGGUUCCUUAGCUGGGUCGGGAACAUAAGUCGUCCUCACGGCAAAUCCAGCCAAGAAGCCACAUCCCUUGUAUCUGCACAAGAAAGGCUACGAGAGCUACUGGAGAAACAGAAUGCACGGAUUAGCCAGACGCCUGAUGAAUGA